CCCGGCCCCGCCAUGGCGCGCGAGGACAGCGCGGGGGCUGCGCGCCUGCUAUGGACUUUCGAGCGCCGCUUCCUGGCGGCGCGCACGCUGCGCUCCUUCCCCUGGCAGAGCCUAGAAGAGAAACUAAGGGAGUCAUCAGAUUCUGAGCUGCUGUUGGAUAUUCUGCAGAAGACAGUGAAACAUCCUGUGUGUGUGAGGCACCCACCAUCACUGAAGUACACCCGGAGUUUUCUCCUGGAGCUCAUCAAAAAGCAUGAGGCCAUCCACACAGAGCCUCUGGACGAGCUGUACGAGGCGCUGGCAGAGGUCCUGACCACGGAGGAGCCCACCCAGUGCCACCGGAGCUACGUGCUGCCUUCAGGAGACUGGAUCACCCUCUCAGAGAGCACAGCCAUCGUCUCCCACGGCACCACGGGCCUGGUCACGUGGGACGCCGCUCUCUACCUCGCAGAAUGGGCCAUCGCGAACCCAGCAGCCUUCAGGCACAGGACUGUGCUGGAGCUUGGCAGUGGGGCGGGCCUCACGGGCCUGACCAUUUGCAAGGCCUGCUGCCCCAGAGCCUACAUCUUCAGUGACUGCCACAGCCGCGUCCUCGAGCAGCUCCGGGGAAAUGUGCUUCUCAACGGCCUGUCACUGGAGCCGGAGGCCACUGCCGGCCCAGAGUGCCCCCUGGUGACAGUGGCCCAGCUGGACUGGGAUGCUGCCUCCACCUCCCAGCUCUCCGCCUUCCAGCCAGACACCGUCAUCGCAGCAGAUGUGCUGUACUGCCCAGAAGUGACCCUCGCGUUGGUUGGCGUCCUGCAGAGGCUCUCUGCCUGCCGGAGGGACCAGGCACCUGAUGUCUACGUGGCCUUCACCAUGCGCAACCCAGAGACCUACCAGCUGUUCACCACUGAGCUGGGCCGGGCGGCGAUCUGCUGGGAAGCAGUGCCUCCGCACGACCGGAAACUGUUCCCCUACGAGGGACACUCGGAGACGGCAGUCCUGAGACUCACGCUGCCGCUUCGCCGUUUCCAAGAGUCACCGCCACGGGAGGAGCUUCCACGGGGCAGAGGAGCUUCCACGGGGCAGAGCUGA